GACGCGUGUUCGGGGUACCAGGGUCUUUGAAAAUGUUAUUCUAUCGACAGAUUUUUACACGAGACGAGUUCUUUGCACUUUUUCAGUAGCCUGAGUGUGACAGAACGUAACGAAACUCAACGAAACUACUUGCGUGAAGCGUGAUUAGUGUGAUUAUCCCUGAUUGUAUAAGCACCUAACAAUAGAAAAACUGUAAAAAUGCGGACCGUUCCAACUUGGGUAGACAAAGUACACGACCGGGACAAAAUUGAACAAUGCAUCUACGACCUGUGCUUCUGCCCCGACGGUUCACAGCUGAUAGUGGCCGCCGGAAACCGAGUUCUGGUCUACGACACCAACGAUGGAACUCUGCUGCAGCCUCUUAAAGGUCACAAGGAAGCUGUGUACUGCGUGUCGUACAGCAAGGAUGGCAAGAGAUUUGCGUCCGGCAGCGCUGACAAGAGUGUUAUUAUCUGGACCUCGAAGCUCGAGGGGAUCUUGAAAUACUCCCACAACGACCCCAUCCAGUGCCUCGCGUACAACCCUGUCUCCCACCAGCUCGCCUCGUGCGCUCUCAGCGACUUCGGGUUAUGGUCUCCUGAACAGAAAAGCGUACAGAAGCACAAAAGCUCGAGUCGCAUCUACAGCUGCGCCUGGACAAAUGACGGGCAAUACUUGGCACUCGGCUUGGCAGACGGCACGGUCUCCAUACGAAAUAAGAGCGGAGAAGUAAAGAUGCGCAUCGACCGAGGAGGAGCAAACUCCCCCAUCCGCUCAUUGGCCUGGAACCCGUCCAAGGAGGAGGCGUACGACAUCCUUUGCGUGGCAGACUGGGGACAGAACCUCUCUUUCUACUCGAUGAAUGGAAAACUGAUCGGCAAGGAGCGACCCUUGGGUUUUGACCCCUGCUGUGUGAGCUACUUCAGCAAGGGCGAGUACCUCCUAGUGGGGGGAGCCAACAGGUCGUGCAGCCUCUACACGAGAGAAGGAGUUCGUCUUGGCUUGAUAUGUGACCAGCAGUCGUGGGUGUGGUGCUGUGAAGCUCAUCCAGACUCUAGUUAUGUGGCAGUGGGAUGCCAAGACGGGACUAUCGCGUAUUUCCAGCUCGUGUUCGCCACUGUGCACGGUCUGUACAAGGAGCGAUACGCGUACCGGGAGAACAUGACGGAUGUCAUCAUCCAGCAUCUCAUUACCGAGCAAAAAGUGCGCAUCAAGUGCCGGGACUUGGUAAAAAAAGUCGCCAUUUACAAGCACAGACUUGCAGUUCAACUCCCGGAGCGCGUGAUCGUAUACGAGCUCUACUCCCAGGAAGCUGCCGACAUGCACUACAGAGUUCGAGACAAGAUCAAUCAGAAGCUGGAGUGCAACUUGCUGGUCGUAUGCACAAACCACAUCGUCCUGUGCCAGGAGAAGCGGCUGCAGUGUCUGAACUUCACGGGCCUCCGGGAGCGAGAGUGGCAACUCGACUCUAUGAUCCGCUACAUAAAAGUGGUGGGGGGGCCGCCCAACAGGGAGGGGCUGCUGCUGGGGCUCAAAAAUGGACAGGUGCUGAAAAUAUUCCUGGACAACGCGUUUCCCGUUCACCUGCUGACGGUGAGCUCGGCCAUCCGCUGCCUCGACCUGAACAGCUCGAGACACCGCCUCGCUGUGGUGGACGAUAACAGCGAUCUACUCGUCUACACUCUACCUGAGGGCGAACUGCUCUACAGUGAGAAAGGAGCGAACAGCGUGGUGUGGAACACGAGUUGUGAUGCAAUGCUCUGCUAUUCCGGCAACUCAACAUUCAACAUCAAGGCUGAUAACUUCCCUCCACACGAACAGAAGCUGCAGGGUUUCGUGGUGGGAUUUAGCGGCAGUAAAAUUUUCUGCUUGCACGUGAUCAGCAUGUCGACGGUGGAGGUGCCACAGAGCGCCCCCAUGUACCAGUACCUCGAUAAAAACAUGUGCAAGGAGGCGUACAGCAUCGCAUGUCUGGGUGUGACGGAUGGCGACUGGAGGGCGCUGGGUCGCGCUGCGCUCCACGACCACAACUACGACAUCGCCAAGAAGUGCUUCACCAGGACCAAGGACAUGAGGAGUCUUCAGCUCCUGCAGAUUAUUGAGGAACGCGGUCAGCAAGGCAGUGGGGAUCCGACUUUGGCCGAAGCUGAUAUUUUGGCCCACGAAGGAAGGUUCUCGGAAGCCGCCAAACUUUACCGCAAAGCUGGCCAGGACAGCGCAGCCAUGAACAUGUACACCGACCUCAGGAUGUUCGACUUGGCGCAGGAAUACCUGGGCGCGGACGGCACGAUGGACAAGCAGCAGCUGAUCAAGAAGAAGGCGGACUGGGCGCGCAACAUCAACGAGCCGCGCGCAGCCGCCGAGAUGUACCUGUCCGCUGGCGAGACCGCCAAAGCCGUCGAGAUCAUGGCAGAGAACGGCUGGGUCGAGAUGCUCGUUGAUGUGGGUCGCAAAGCGGACAAGGCUGACCACCAGACGCUGUCGCUGUGUGCGCAGCACUUGCGGCAACUCAAGGCUCGCACCUACGCCAUCGAACUCUACAGGAAGAUGGGCGAGUUGCAGUGCGUGGUCGAGCUCUUCGUAGAGGAUGAAGAUUGGGAAGAGGCGUUCGCGUGGGCUGAGAAGCAUCCGCAGUUCAAGGAGUUGGUCUACGUGCCUUAUGCCACCAGCUUGGCCGAGAAGGACGAGUUCCUCCUCGCGCAGAAAGCAUUCCAUAAAGCCGGAAAACCUGGCGAAGCAUUCCGUGUUCUGGAGCAGCUCACGCACAACGCGGUGACGGAGAACAGGUUCAGUGACGCUGGCUACUACUUCUGGAUGCUCUCCCUGCAGUGCCUCGAACACCUGCGUGACGACCAGACAAAAGGUUCUGGAGAGGAUAAAGACGCGGCUGUGGAGGAUAAGAGCGAGUCUCGAGCCGCUUCUCCCGACGCGUUCCCGAGACCAGCGAACGCGGACCAGAAACUUGCCGAGGCUCGCGAGCUCGAAAAGUUUCACGACUACCAACGCCGCGCCUCCAUGUAUUAUGUGUACCACACAAUACAGCGUUACAUGGACGAGCCGUUCACUUCGUACAUGCCCGAGGCUCUCUUCAACAUCUCCCGCUUCCUGACACAUGAGCUAAACGUCAUACAACCUCCGGGCAUAUCGAAAUUCUCAACAAUGUACACGCUUGCUAAGCAGGCCCGCAAUCUGGAGGCCUUCAAACUCGCUCGACACGUCCUCGACAAGCUUCAGCACCUACACAUUCCUGAGCGAUUUCAGGAGGAUGUGGAAUUAGCUGCUCUCAAGAUUCGCUCGAAGCCUUUCCAAGAUAACGAAGAGCACCAGCCCCUCUGCUACCGCUGCUCCACCACCAACCCUCUCGUCAACGUCACCGCCGGCAACCAGUGCAUCAACUGCGCGCAUCCCUUCGUGUACUCCUUCGUCUCUUUCGAGGUCCUGCCUGUGGUUCAAUUUGUGCUCGCUGAGGGCAUUACUGAUGAGGAAGCAGUUCGACUUAUCCAGCAAGCGGGCGGAGAUUCUCCGCUGAAGUCAACGGACGCAGAAAAAGACGAGGGUGAGGACGACGUUUGGACAGCUCCUGAGGAGGGCGACGCAGAGCGCAUUAACUUGGAGGGCAACAAACUUAACCCCGACGACCCCUUCUCUGCCAACCUCAAUGCUAUCUACCCAGGAUCAGAGAUGGAGCCUGUGACGCUGAACAGAGCGGCGCUACAGGCACAGGAUCCACAGGAUAUCAUCAUCUGUCGGUGGCCUAAACCUCUGCGCUUCACCUACUACAAGAACCUAAUGCCGGACGUACCCAUCACGCACUGUCAGCACUGCAAUAAGCUGUUCCACACGGACGACUUCAUCCUGCAGGUGCUGCAGAAAGGACACUGUCCGUUCUGCCGGACGCCGGCGCCUCACAUCACCGACACGCCGGAAUAAUAUAUUUUCUCCGUUAAAUCGCACUUUACUAUUUCGAUGGUUUUAAAUAACAGAAAGACGGACUUUGUAGC